AUGUCAGACACCGAAGAGCGAGAGGAGGCCUUGGGGGGGCAGGAGGGUCCUGUGGGAGCAGGUAGUGAUGAGUCUGUGGGGGCCCCAGGACCGGUAGUUGAAGGCCUUGAUGAGGGCCUGGCAGCGGCAGGGCUAGAACAGGGCGACCGUGAGAGUAGCAGCGGAGAGGAGUCCGAAAUCGGGACUGAGGAGGAGGAUGAGGAGGAAGAGGAAGAAGAGGAGGAGGCGGCAGAAUUGGGCGAGCCGGCCACAGGGGUGGACCAGCACCAUUUCCAGAUGGUUAACUUCCACUUCAUGUACCUGGACUUGGUCCCCUCACUGCUGCGCCCCCUCUACCAGAACGGCCAUGUCCUCAUGCGUGCUCGAGGUCACGUCUCCCGGCACCUGCGCCAGGGCACGCCCAGCGAAUCCCAUUCGAUGCCUGAGCUGUCUGCUAGUCUCCCCCAGGGCCUCCACUUGCCUUUGGCUGUCCAGAGGCCUGCGCUAAGCUUUGCCCUUGACCUCAACCUUGACCUGCCUGUGGCCAGCCUGCCACCCCAGCUGCAUGAGCUGCCUGAGCUGCCCCAGGUCCUCCCCACCAUCCAGGCCAUCGAGGCUGCCCGGCCCACCGUCCUGGCCAUCGAGGCUGCAAUGCCUGCAGAUCUGACCGAGGCCCUGGAGCCCAGCAAGCCCAUAGACCAGGCCGAUGCUGUGGAGUCCCGGGAGCCCACAGCCCAGGCCACAGCCUCUCAGGAAAUGACUCAGUAUCUUCAUGAAAACGCUGAUGAAGAGGGCCAGAAAUCAGGAGGGGAGGAAGAGAAAGAAGCUAAAGGAGAAAAGGACAAGGAAAAUAAAGAACAAGAACCCGAG